UUGUAUGGCAGAUUUACUGCGCUCGUGGCGCCCGAUCCUUGCCCUCCACUUUUUCACCUGUCAUCAUCUUCACCCUCAUCCAGGCACUUGGGAACAACAUCGUUUGUCUCGCUGAUCAUGUCUCGACCCUGGCCAUUAGUUUGCGCUUCUCUCAGCUUUUUGAGGUCUCGAUUUUGUCUCCCUUCUUUCCUCUUCCUUGACAAAGAUGAUCGACCAUUCCCACCCAAGGUCCAGUGGCCACUGUUUACUCUUCGACUGAUCCAUCUCAUUAUUGUUAUACUAUAUGACAUGAAGUCACUUGUCUUCACAGCAGUAUGUUCUUACACGGGUCUAGGAGCUCCAUUCGUACCACAAGACGGACGACUCACAGCCUUGCUGCACACCUAACAGCUUGGUAGAACCCCAGAUGAUUCAUGCCGACCAUCAUCACACCAAUCUCGACCUCCUCUGGAACGACUCUCCUCUUGCUACCGCUUCCAGCACUACAUCUGUGCCAGGAACGCUGGGAAAAUCUCACUUGACGCUGCUCGACUACUCGUACGUAGUCCAUGGCUCAGAAACAAGACCGCCCCUGUCCAUUCGUCGCAUUUACGUCCCGGAACCCUGGAGCUAUCGCUAUUCCAGUUCUAGUUGUAUCCCUCAACACGUUUUUAAUGUACCACUGGCUUUUCCCGCCG